CUGUCGCCGUGGCAGCGGCUGAGGCUGCUGGGCAGGGUGUCGGCGGCAGCCGACUGGAGAGAGGCGCUGACUUCCGACGUUAGCCUGGGUCGUCGGCGCUGUCGCUGCUGGGUGAACAGCUACACUCUGUGCUCCUCCAGGGCAGGCACCAUGUUGCGCGCAUCUUUAUCCCCAGCAUCUAGCAGUGCUGGCAUGUAGUUGGCACUCCAGGAAUGUGUGUUGAAUGAACGAUGCCUGUGACAAGCAACUGGACUUUAUUCUUUCCUGACCCUUGCUCCUAUGACACACCUCUCCCUGGCUGACCCUGUCAGAGAAACUCUCUUCUCUGGGGAAGCUGGAAGGCAAACAGCCAUGGCCAAGGACAUUCUGGCUGAAGCAGGGCUGCACUUUGAUGAGCUGAACAAGCUGCGGGUGUUGGACCCAGAGGUUACCCAGCAGACCAUAGAGCUCAAGGAAGAGUGCAAGGACUUUGUGGACAAAAUUGGCCAGUUUCAGAAAAUAGUUGGUGGCUUAAUUGAGCUUGUUGAUCAACUUGCAAAGGAAGCAGAAAAUGAGAAGAUGAAGGCCAUUGGUGCUCGGAACUUGCUCAAAUCUAUAGCAAAACAGAGAGAAGCCCAACAGCAGCAACUUCAGGCACUAAUAGCAGAAAAGAAAAUGCAGCUUGAAAGGUAUCGGGUUGAAUAUGAAGCUUUGUGUAAAGUAGAAGCAGAACAAAAUGAGUUUAUUGACCAAUUUAUUUUUCAGAAAUGAACUGAAAAUUUCAUUUUCUAGCAGGAGGGCAAAAAAAGGGAAAAAAACCCCACAACCCCCAAACCAAAAAAACCUCUAUCAUUCCAUGACUUGACCAAUGACCCAAAUGUGUCAUGUGAGAAGCUGUGUGAAGAACUGCAGCAUCUCUGAAGGCAAUAACAAACCUGGGGGAGUUUGUUUCAGAUGUCAGUGCUUAUCUGCAGGUGAACAUCCAGUGGCCAUCGUGGUCCAGGUUCUCACCUCUUGCAUUCUCUGUCUGAACUGAGCAGCCUGUCAACUUUUUUUUUUUGUAAAUUCACAAAGCUUUGGAAGGAAAAGCAAUAAAUUAUUUUCA